CUGGAGGUAACCAAGGCGAAUUUGGAACCGGAAUUAUCACGAAUGUUAUCGACGUCUGUGUUUUCUCAAACAGGAACUAUAUCGGUAAUAUCUGAACGCUGGUGCAAUCGUAUUUGUAUUUAUUGGGAUCUGUUCUGUUGUUUCGAAUGGAAGGAGAAUCUCAUUAGUCCUAUGAAAGGUUGAUGUGAACAGAUAGACAAUUACAUUGAUUUAUUUUGUUGUCUCUGACUCUUAAUAUUUGUGUCAAACAAAAAUAGCCCAAAUCUACAGCAAAACCUUUCUUAACCGGACGGUUCCCGUUCCAUCCAGUCACCAAUUCGGAAAUUAUCGAAUCGUGAGUAGGAAGUAAUAUAACAUUUAUUAGAUAUUUCGUUCUGGAAAUGAAGUUUCACUGUAAUUGUAAAGAUGAUCAAUUGGUAAAACGUUAUUAAAUGUAUGGUCUUUGUUUCACUGCGCAUGUUAUUUUAACUAUAUUUCUGUUUACAAACGCCGUGAGUUGAAAACACGUCAUAUACACAUGUACUUUGAACACUACAGAUCCUUCUGUUGUCUUCAAAAAAUGAAUGAGUUGCUUUCAUCGCCGUUUUUAACAUAUUUAUUAAUAUCACGUUUUUUCAGCUUAUUGUGGGCGGAAAACCCAAACUUACGUAUGAAUACCUAAUCCUGGUACGAGGUGAGGUGUUGUUUGGGAUUUGUAUCGAGAUUAGAUACUUUUCAGCUUCAGCUGCAAAACCAGAUAUUUGCGUAUUUAAAACUAUGAGCCUGAAUAAUUUUUUCGGAAAAUCACAUUGCAAUUUUUUUAAGGAUAUGAAGCAUAAGUAUUAUGUUUUUCAAGAAUUUUCAGGGACAAUUUAUGUUUUUUCGAUAAAACUCCAGUCCUCCCCUUAAGAAUAUGAAAUGGUCCAUCCCUAAUUGAAGGGUAAUACUGGCAUAAAUCUGGAAUAUUGCUGACUGAGGCGUUAAAACAAAAUUAAAGUUCUUUUUGCAAAAUAAUUACUGAUACUACGAAUGUUGUAGCGUGUCCUGUAGGUCGAUAUGGGGAAGACUGUAGACCAUGCGGGAACUGUAAAGGAGGAUCCGUCUGUGAGAAGACCACUGGACUAUGCAUGGCCACAUGUAGCCAUGGUUACCGUGGAGGCUACUGCAGAGAAGCAUGCACUUCCGGCACUCAUGGAGAGAACUGUGAGUCCAAGUGUGGGAACUGUGCUGGAGUGGCCUGUGACCCUAUCAGUGGAAGCUGCCCACAAGGAUGUGAAGGUGGUUGGCAUGGAAUUGAUUGUAAAACAGGUUGUCCCGCGAACAAAUUUGGAACUGGAUGUAACGCUUGUGGUCUGUGUGCUGGGGACGAAGCCUGGGACAAGACAUCAGGAGCCUGUCCUGCUGGAUGUCGGGCUGGGUGGACUGGAAACAAAUGUGACCGUCGUGACAUGUCUCCCAAACACGUAUGGCGCCAGUCUUGUGAACCAUGCGGUCAGUGUGCUGUUGUCGUUCCUUGUGAAAAGAUCUCAGGGCUCUGCUCAGCUGGAUGCCAAGAAGGCUGGACUUGUAUUCCUGGCACACACGGCGCAGGAUGUCUAUCACUUUGCUCCCACUGCAAAACAGGAAGUGUGUGUCAUCAGGUGA